AUGCCUGCCGGACAUUCCGCCAAGACUCACCACUGCCCCGGUAUGAAGAAAAUGACGGGUAAUUGUCACAUGGAAGGAUAUGGACCAAACAAACAGCUCAAAUACUGCCUCACUCACCAAUGCUAUUGCCCCACUUGCGCUGUUGGUCCAGACAAGAAGGACUAUACAUUUCUUCGCACUUCCGACACCUGUCCUAACGGAUGUGGAUACAAACACCCAGAUCACAAGGAUAAUGUGAAAGCUCGUCAGGUUGCGGAGAAGAAGGCAAAGGAAGCUGCCGCAAAGGCAAAGGCUGAGGAUGGGAAGGCCAAGGUUACUGCUCAGAAGGCAACUGCCGCUGCCCGAAGACCUGGCAGAUAG